AUGAAGUGGGUAUCAGCAUAGGAUCAUGUCAUGAAAUUUUGCGUGACAAACUUGGGAUGCGUAGUGUCAGUGCAAAAUUUGUGCCACGUUUGUUGUCUGGUGCACAGAAGCAGACCCAUGUUGAAAUCAGCCAGGAAAUGCUUGCCGCUGCCAAUGACGAUGAAAACUUUCUUAAGAACAUCAUAAGAGGCGAUGAGACAUGGGCUUAUGCCUACAAUGUUGAAACGAAAGUGCAGUCGUCGCAGUGGGUGGCCAAAGGUUCUCCUCAUCAAAAAAAAGCACGCAUGAGUUGGUCAAAAAUGAAGGUGAUGUUGGUUGUGUUUUUUGACUGCAAAGGCAUUGCCCAUCAGGAAUUUGUGCCACAUGGUUAGAUGGUAAACAAAGAAGUUUGCCAGGGAACCCUAGCAUGUUUGAGAGAUUCUGUGUGCAGUGAGAGGCCUGAAUUGUGGGAAAAUCGGGCUUGAAUGUUGCAUCAUGACAAUGCCCUGGCUCACAUGUCGCUCCUUGUUCGCAGCUACUUAGCGAAACACCACACUCCUUUUGUGCCCCACCCACCAUAUUCUCCGGACCUAGACCCUUUCCAAAUCGUAGAGGAGAUCCAGGACAAUGCGAGAACAGACCUACAUGCCAUUCCAGAAAUUGCAUUUCAGGAGGCUUUCCAAAAAUGGAAGAAAAAAUGGGAAGAGUGCAUGGCCAGUAGAGGGGACUACUUUGAAGGGGACAGCACUUAAGAUGUUGUACCAUAAGCAGCAAAGCUGUUAUAGCAAAAGUUCGGUUUCUUUUUCAACACACCUCGUAUGCACGGAAAGGAUGAGGUUCAAGGCAGGUACAAGAACACACAAUGUGAAGUCGAAUGUAGAGUUUAAUGUCCAAACCACAGCAGUAAGCUGGUAACCUUUAAAUGGUAAGUAGAACAGUAAUGCUACGGGAACUGUCAUGCCCUUCAUAAUUGUAACAACUGUCGGAAUGUUGAAGUGUCUUUUCAAUGUCCCAUUAAUUUCCACUAUUCUCAUUCUAAAUGGGCAAAUGCACCUCCAUUCGUUUACCAUAAGACAUAUCAAGAGAUCAACCCCACUAAUGCUAGUUCUUUCUAGGUAGCUGAAGCAAAAUAGCAUUUCGUUCAGUCAGUAUUGAUGCAAGUUUUCAAACACACCUAUCAUGAAAUAGCUCAGUUGUCCAUCUUGAGCAAGGCAGUUAUUAGCUGGUAUAAUGUCAGAAUUUGUUUAUCAUUUACUGGUAGACCUGCUGAUGAUAAUGUAAGCAGAAUGCUGCUGAGACCAAUGAGAAAGUGUGAAAAAGAAAAUAACUAUUACAUUGUUCCAGCCAUCAUUCCCUAAGGUGUCCAUCCUGCCCCAUCGUAAGCAAUCACUUCACAUCCCAGCAUGCAUAUCUUGUGUAUUUAUUUCACUCUUUCUCUAUUGUGUAGGACUGGCCAUAUUAGCUUAAAGCACUAGAAAUCAAUAACAAUGACAUCAGCAUUGCCGCUGAGGAAAGACUGAAGUUAAAGAAAACAGAACAAAAUCAUACAAGGAAAGUAAGGAACACACACGAGCACCUAUUCACAACUGGAAGUUUAUUGGUGAAAAAGCAGGUACAACCCAAAUUGAUAAGGGAAAAAAAUGUUCACGGAAAAACUGUACAUGGGUAACAGAACCUUGUCAGUGCAUAAAGAAAAAAAGACUAAAUGUUAACCUCAUCACCCAAAGGGUCCCCGAAACUAUUUUAGUUGUGCGUUACCUACACGUACACAGUAUCUCUUCUCGAAUGGUUACUCAAAAAAGCUUCAUGUCGCCAUGCUAUAUAAAGAGCUGCAAGUGGUUAAAAAUUACCCUCCUCUAAAGCCUUUCCUCUCCAAUGUCACUUUUAUUCUAUUUGGCCUUGGCUAUGUCCUGCCUCAUUGGACACGACAUUGUACAGUGACAGUAGUGUUGGCUACUUGCAGUUUACUUGAACCUAGUGUGUCCCUGUGUCACUUAGAGAUGCAGCUUUUUUUUUUGUUAUUGUGGUGAUGAUGGCCUCAAAACGAAGUUUACAUAGAGCGCUUAUGUUUUGUACAGUGUGCAGUCACGGUAACUUACUCUCUGCACUCACCUGCAGUACAAGAAUAUAAGUGCAAUAGGUACAGUGCAAGUUUCUGCCACCAUAUGUACCCCUCUGCUGCUUUGCUUUGGUUGCUGUCGUCACUGUGCUAUUGUUAAACAUUAUUGCAUUCUUUUUCGCUCUUUGCCUGCACAUCUACAGCCUGGCACAUCUAUAGCAAAGCCCUGCUUUUUUGGAGAAACUCUCUAAUUCAUACCUUCCCUACCACACACAUACAAAUGUACUAUCGACCCAAAAAGUUAACGAAUGAAGGGAUCUCACAAAAAGCUGAAUAUCUCCGCAGCCUCAAAACGAAGCCUGGUAUUCCCAUUUCCAGCCUCUACUAGUAUAUGCGAACAUUGUGAUGUACGGUUUUACUGGCUACUUUUAAAGGCUGUUCGGAUAUUUAGCGUUUUCUGAGAUCCUGUGGUCCGUAAACUUUUUUAGUCGAUAGUAUGUGUGUAGACAACAGUAGCAGACAAUCUGCUAUCUCAGGCAAGUCUACCACUGGACUCAAGAAACAUCUACAUGUCUUACAUUAGUGUGUUUACUUUUACAGGUACAUCAAUUACUAUGCCUUCAUAUCCUACUAAAAAUAAGCUUAACCCAUUAAAGACCAGCGUGACCAUAUGGUCACGUUAGUCUGCACAGUGGAUUUCAAUUAAGAUUAGCAAAACAGCACCAAAAUCGCGUUUGACAUGCCGUUAGACAGAUUAGGGUUCCCUUUAUGGAUACCAAGUGGCAGCAGGUGCCCAUCGUUUUGUGGGAGCCCCUCGCAAGGGCGGGAAUAAGUGUUGCUGUGCGAGUAGCGUCGCCAUGCAUCACUCCAAGGGAUAAUGUUUUUUUUUUUCACUACUUGUUUGAGCAAUAGUCGGAUAUCCUUACCUCCAUAUUGCUCUUUGAAUAUGUGAGCUACGAUGAGCAUUUGUGAAAGAUUAAUGUUUGAUUUAUCCAUGAACGAGCGUGUUAUCUUGCGCGUUGCCAUAUGGUCACGCUGGGCCUUUAGGCUACCUAACUUCCUAUAUUUUUAAAACUGCAUUCUCAUCUCUUGCACGGCUGCUGGCAUGUUCCCGCAGUAGUUAUUUCUUAUUUUAUUGUCUGAAUAGGUUGAUGUUGGAAUAAAUAGCGAAGAUACUCAAAGACAACGUGUCAGUGAUUUAUAUCGACCGCGAGACUCUAGCACCUAUUUGGAUGAAGGGUCGGCCGAUGAAGACUCAGGCGGGCUCAUUGACAAUCUAAUCGGGCAGCAGCUAUGAGCCGGCGCUGAAACUGUUUUCUCUGAAGGACGCCGCAUUGGUGGAUCCGACUCGGACGAUGACGACCCAGGUGGGCUAGGUGACGGAACAUGAGAGGUUUCUUCUGCUGUAGUUGAUGCGGCCAUUCCUGCGAAAUUAGUCACUGCUUCUAAGUGGACGAACGGUGAUCUCCAGAAAAGCCUUGGCAUAUUUCCCUACCCAAACUUUGCUGCUUACAGGGACUUUUCACCUGUUGAGUUGUUCGAAAUCUUUUUUGACGAAGCCGUCGUGGAGCUGCUAGACGAACAAACAAGAAAGUAUGCGUUAUUUUUAAAUAUGCCCGAUCCGGAGGUUACCAAAGAAGAAUUAGGUUUUCUUGGAGUGCUCGUUUUGUCCGGCUAACACCGCUUGCCAGGGAAAAAGUGCCACUGGGACAGCGGCUUGGAUAUGAGCAACACGGUGGCCUACAAAGCUAUGCGAAGAAAUUGCUUCGUACAGAUAAUGCGAUGGCACUAUUGAUGGCACUAUUGAAAGCAAGGUUUCUGGAGCACUUUCAACCUGUGCGUCACAUGAGCUAUGACGAAAGUAUGAUUGAGUAUUAUGGUCGUCAUGGCUGUAAACAGUUUAUACGCGGAAAGCCUAUCCGCUUCGGGUAUAAAGUAUGGUGCCUAAAUGCCAAGAACGGAUACCUUGUACACUUCAAAGUGUAUCAAGGCAAGCAGGGGAUCCCGGAACAUCUGAAAAAUAUGAAAAGAACUUCGGAAAAGCAGCGGCGCCACUUCUUCAAGUGGUGGAUGAACUCGCAGCAGAGACGCACGACCUUCCUUUCUUUUUCUAUUUGGAUAAUUUAUUCACAGGCAUGCCACUACUCAGGCAUCUCAAGGCACAGGGCUACGAAGGCACCGGGCACAGUGAAGCAGAACCGUGUUCCCAGAGAGUGCCCUAUCGCUCGACCACAAUUCGUCAAGCGCCAACCUCGCGGGCACGAAGAGCCCGUGCUGAGCGACAAUGGGAUAAUUGCUGUCCGCUGGAUGGCUGUCAUCUUCUCGGAAGCAGGCGCUCAUGCUUGGAGACCUGCAGAGCACGAACUGCAGCAUGUGUGGCGAGCCCGGGAGACAGCAAGAGCCACAGGAGUCCUGGACUAAGGGCGCCUCCCACACAAGCAGAAAGACACCCGCUUUUCCUUUCUUUCUUUUAAUAAAUGUUUUUCCUUCUC